AAAAAGGAAGAGAGAGCUGUGCGAGAAAUUGUGUUCUACAAUCAUUUGAUAAAAGGUGGUAAUGAAACCAAGCUUCUGAGUGUUACAGAGAUACCUCAGCCCAGAAUACAAACCAAUGACCCGCUUUACACUCCUGAAGCUAGAGACUGCGUGCCCAUCCCACUCUGGAGCUGCUGCAGCGCUGGCCUCUCAUCUACUCUGCCCUGUGCUUCUGGUGCCCUCUGCAGACCUCCCGAUCACAUCGCCUCCCUCUGCAGACCUCUCGAUCGCCUCGCCUCCCUCUGCAGACCUCUCGAUCGCAUCGCCUCCCUCUGCAGACCUCUCGAUCGCAUCGCCUCCCUCUGCAGACCUCCCGAUCGCAUCGCCUCCCUCUGCUCCUGCCUCCACGCCCUCUGGCCUUGUCCUGCCUGGCUCGUCUCUGGUCCUCUCCCGCCCUCUGGCCUUGUCCUGCCUGGCUCGUCUCUGGUCCUCUCACGCCCUCUGGCCUUGUCCUGCCUGGCUCGUCUCUGGUCCUCUCACGCCCUCUGGCCUUGUCCUGCCUGGUCCCACUCUGGUCCUCUCCCCGUCUCCUACGAUUCUGUAGCCACGCUGGUCCUGAAUCUUCAGAUUAACAAAGUCCAUUCUUCCCCACAUUAACUAAGUCCAUUACUCCCCAAUAACUCAGUCCAUUUUCCCCGAAAAAAAAAAAAAAAAAAUCUUCUGUCUUCUGUAAGUAAAAAAAAAUAAAAAAUUUCUUUCGAUUGACUAAAAAACUUUUUUACUUUGAGAACUAAACUUGUGAUCCACUCAAGAUGAAUACAACUUAGCCAUUAUCCUGUACAAGGCAUUCAGCUUUUUUUUUUUGAGUAGAGAAAAAUAAAAUCAAAAAUCUGAGUCAAAUAUGACUUCAUUUAAAAAGAAAGUUUUGCAAAAAUAAAAAAUAAAUACACCGAACUAUAAUACAGCUUGAUUAAAGUGCAACAGUAUAAAAAAAGUUGUUUUUCUUUUAAGACAAGUUUUUUUUGUUUUCUUUUUUUUAAAGACAAGUCUGUUUUUUUUUGUUUUCUUUUUUU